UUCGAAAAAUGUGCAUGGCUGACUGAAGUUCCACCAAAAAUCCAUUUGAUUUCUCUCUCGUAGUCUUCAAAAACAAUUCAGUGAGCCCUUAAUGAUGUAGAAUAUCUGCAGAAAACUACAUAGGGUUCUUUUUUUGUUUAACUGGAACAGCCUCGUAUUUAUAAAUACCUGAAGUUUGAAGUCAAGUUCAAGUUCUUCAGUACGUUUAGAUGCGGCGAUGUUUUCAAUCGACGAAGAGGAGUUGGAUAUUGAUCUCGACGAUGAGGAUUUCCUUUUGGCAGCCUGUGGAGUUGUUCCAUCUUGUGAAUUCAAGCCUGAUGACACAGAUGGUGUGACUUCUAAAUCAACAAAGGACAGCAACUUUCAAACAACAAAUACAGGAUUCAAUAGAAAACCAUUUAGUUCCCUUGAAAAUUCCACUUCUUUAUCUACAGAAAAAAGAACACAAUUUCAAUCUCCAAGCGACUUUUUAAACCCAUCAAAGCCUGCUGGAUCAGCGAACAUAAAUAUUUCUCACAAAUGUAUUAAUAAUAACAGUAAUUUCAACAAAAUGUGUAACUUAAAGGCAAAUCAGGCCACAAGAACAGGUCCUCAGGAACAGCCUCCUUCUAAAAGAUUUGCAUCUAAUUCUAAUAAUCUAUCUUUCACUCAAAAUAAUGCUAUAAAUAAUUCUCAAAACCAAAGGACUCCAAAUAACUGCAACAAUCUUUGGAAAAUGAACUCUGGAGAGCAAAGAGAUGCCAGGUCUUCACCAAACCAGCUAUCAAAGUAUAUGAACAGUCCACAAGGAAGCAACUUGCAAGCCUUGAAUGGAAAUAAUAUGCAAAGUUAUUCCCCAAAUGUGUCUUCUGGUGGAAAGACAAGUCUCAAUGGAGUAAGUCAGACUUCAAGUUUAAACUUCAACACACCUGAUACUAGUUAUAGCAGAGAGAGUAAGAACAUGACUCAGAGAGACAGACAACAAAUGAACAAAACUGGUAAUGCUACUGGUUUUUGUAUUAAUAUUACACCAUCUGGUAAGAAAACCUCAAGAAAGUUCCCUGGACCUGCAGGAAUACUUCCAAAACUUACCAAUGAGCAAAGUUUAGAAGAGGUAUCUAUAAAGUUGUCACCUUUACCAUCAACAUCUCGACAGUCGCCUGUCAAUCAACAUCCUGUGAGUUUACAGUCAACAUCAGAAGAUGAAGAGUUUACCAGAGAUCCUUGGGUUGGCAUGUUCAAUGAAUAUCAGGAAAAUGUACCAGCAACAAUGAGAUAUUCCAUCAUCCAAGUAAUGUCAGAGGCAGCAUGUCAGCGCUUAAGAUAUGGCAAGGUUCCAUCAUUGUGCGUGCUGGUCAAGACAUUCUCAUCUUCAGAAACUGAUUCUAGUAUCUUUCUAAAGGAUCCAACAGGCGAAAUCCAUGGGACUUUACAUAAGAAGGUAUUAGAAGAAUAUCAAACUGAACUGGGACCUGGUGCUGGUCUUAUUUUGAAACAGGUGUCAGUAUUCAGCCCAUCACCAAGGAAACACUAUCUGAACAUAACGCCAGGGAAUAUAAUAGAAAUCUACCCUCCAGACCCAAGCCAUAUCAAUAGUAGUCAACUUUUGGCCUCACAAGGCACUCAAUCUGUAAGAAAUAAUAAGCAAAGAACUGUCAUAGAAGAGCCAGAGAUAAUUCUUGAACCUUUGACCAACACCUCAGAUAAACAGCAAAGAAAAGAAAUCUCACCAGAAAAGCCAGAAAAUUUUGAUGAACUGCUAGAAGGUUUGGAUAAUGAUGACAUCCUGGACGAAGAUCUGCUUGCCAUGUACUAGAUGCUUGCAAAUAUAUCUUCACCACAAACUAGAAUUAUUUCUUUCAUGUCUGCUUUACUGACCCAGUUUUUCAAAGUCUGAUUAGUACUAAUCCAGGCUUGAUUACCAAGGCAAACAUCAUCACCUAUUAAAUUUUAUGUAAUAAACUGCCUUUGAAAAGUUACAGUGUAACUACUAUAACCAGGGCCACCUAAAAAGCAAGAACCAUUCAAGUUGUAGAUUAAAAACACUAUAUUCAAACUUUGGGUAGUUGAGCCACUCAGAAAGUAGCAGAAAACAAAAGCCUCUUAACAUAUCUUCUUAUUCCUAGGAGAAAAUGACAAUGGCUUUCUAGUUGUUUACAUGCUGCCUACUCUUAAACCUGCUUUAUCAAAAGUAUGUAUGUAUAUAUGUAUGUAACAUCAGGGUCAAAUUAGCAUUCUUGUGCAGUCUAGGUUUCUGAUUUGCCUGACUAUCCAAAGUUGGAAUACAUUGUUUUCAUUCUACAUUUUGAUUGGUUCUCUAUGUCUAACUGGUGUAAGUGGCCCCAGUUACAGUAGUUAUGUAACCAUAAUGUAUGAAUAGAUUAAAAAAUAAUUAAGGGUGCUGGUUCAUAAUGGUGAACAUAGGUAGUAAAGAAUGUAUUUGUCCCAUUACAUUAUUAUAUUAUUAUUAUUGCUAAUAGUCAUAAAUACUAUUGGAAACUAAUUAUCAUUAAUUCAUUUAUC